AUGUACAAGACAUCAAAUUUGAGUUCUGUGUUUAGUCCAAAUUCUUUGCAGCCUAGGAUGUUAGUGAACAGGUUUUCAUGCACAUUGAAGAAUCAAACUGUCAAAAUUGGACACUGCACAAAAGUACCUAGGAAUGUAAACAUGGAGAAACUUCAACAUGGUUAUUUGUUUCCUGAGAUUGAAAGACACGAGCUUCUUCAUUUAAAGAAGUAUCCAAAUGCAAACGUGAUAGACCUUGGAAUCGGUGACACUACAGAACCGUUACCGACACUUGUAACAUCAAGCAUGGUUGAUUUUGUUCGCGGCCUUUCAACAGCAGAAGGUUAUAAAGGAUAUGGACCUGAGCAAGGCGAAAAGGCUCUGAGAAAAGCAAUUGCUCAUAGAGUUUACAAAGAUCUAGGGAUAAAACCUUCUGAAGUUUUUGUUUCGGACGGUGCGCAAUGUGAUAUUUCUCGUCUUCAGCUGCUAAUGGGUCCCAAUUUGAAGAUAGCUGUACAGGAUCCAUCCUUCCCGGCUUACAUAGACUCGAGUGUCAUAAUUGGUCAUGCUGGCAAGUUUGUAGAUAGAAUUGGCAAAUAUGAAAACAUAGAAUACAUGACAUGUGGACCUCAAACUGACUUCUUCCCGGAUCUGCAUAGAACUUCGAGGACACAGCUUAUUUUCUUCUGUUCUCCAAACAAUCCUACUGGUCAUGCAGCAACAAGGAAACAGUUGCAGCAACUUGUGGAUUUUGCGAAAGUUAAUGGAUCGAUUAUUAUCUAUGACUCUGCAUAUUCUGCUUAUAUCACUGAUGAUAGUCCUAAAUCAAUCUUUGAAAUUCCCGGAGCCAAAGAGGUUGCAAUUGAAGUGUCGUCCUUCUCAAAAUUUGCCGGCUUUACAGGUGUCCGACUUGGUUGGACAGUAGUCCCCGAAGAAUUGUUAUAUUCAAACGGCUUCCCUGUUUUGCACGAUUUCAACCGCAUCGUGUGUACCUGUUUCAAUGGAGCAUCUAACAUAUCUCAGGCCGGGGGACUAGCAUGCCUUUCACCAGAGGGUCUUAAAGCUGUGAAGUCCCUUAUUGACUACUACAUGGAGAAUGCAAGAAUACUGGUCAAUGCUUUGACCUCUCUUGGUCUGACGGUUUACGGAGGUAAAAAUGCACCCUAUGUUUGGGUCCGUUUUCCUGGCUUAAAAUCUUGGGAUGUCUUUGAUGAAAUUCUUGAGAAUACACACAUAAUUACAGUUCCAGGCAGUGGUUUUGGUCCAGGUGGUGAAGGGUAUAUAAGAAUUAGUGCUUUUGGCCAGAGAGAGUCUGUCAUCGAAGCAUCGGAGAGACUCAAAUAUCUUCUCUACUAGGAGGGUUUCUAAUGCUUUUACUUCUGUUAGUUUCAUAAUCUAUUCAUAAAAUAAAGCAAAAUAACUACUAUGAGGCUUCACUACUUCUGCAAAAUGUAGUUUCAAGUUCUAUUUAUAAUAUAUUGUGUAUUUGUAGUGCAACAAAUAUGUGAACUAAAUCCUUCAUUGUCACAACAGAAAGUUACAGAACAAAUAUCAGGGUGAGUGGUAAU